AUGGGUGUCAACACAAGUGAUGCUCUUGCUGCACUCCAGCAACUUGAGCAAGAGCAAGGAGACAUAAACGCGCAGCUCGCAAUCAUUCGUAUUAGUGAGCCUAUUUCAGAUGUUGGUGAUUUCAGUGCCUCGCCUGUAAAGCGGAGCUCUGAUGUUUCAAUUGCUGCUCUAAAUGAUCCAACACCGGCCUCUCUUGAGGCCGAUCUUACACAUUACAAAGUAAGUGAUACGCCUGCAUCGCAGUGGAAUAUUUGUGCGGCAAACGCUGACUCUAUUUCUCCGAGCGAUUGUGGGGGAACCCCUCUCGUGGUUGGUCACAAUGAGAACGUGGAGUUAGAGACACAGCUGGCGGAAGUGAAAGCGGAGCUGAAAUCGCGCAAAGAAGAAGCCCGCCUCAUGGUUGAGGAAAUGGGCAAGCUAAGCCGAGAGCUAGCAGACCGAUACAAAAGCGUUGAAGUGCAGUUGACGCAGCUCUCAACCCUUCCCGAGUCAAUUGAAAACCUCGAGUCUACUAUUGCAGGCCUUCGAGCCAAGCAGGUUGCUACUAUAGAUUCUUCUGAUCCUCGAUCAUCCCACAACCUUCCACUCCCAGCUACGCUGUCGCUGUUAUCGGAGCGAGAGGCUGAACUGGCUGUGCUCAAUCGUCAGAUCGCGGCGGUCCAGAACGCCUUGCCGCGGAAGACCCGGGAAGCCGAGGCGAUUGAGAGGGAGUGCUCGGUGCUGGAGCGACGGAAGGCCGAGGCAAUCACCCAGGCACGCGAGGCCCAGCGGAAAAAACAGCAGGGAGAGAGUGAUGGGCUCGAAGAGAUGGGUCGUUGGUACCGCGGGGCAGAAGACACUUUGAAGGAAGUGCUCGGAGUGGAAGGCUAA